AUGCUGGCGAGAUGGACCAAGUGGUUAGCGCGCGAAUUUAUUGACCGCAAGGUCCGUGGUUCGAACCCGAUCUCUACCUCUCGGCUUCCCCUGUCUAGGCUUGGGCAGCCUAGCACUAUCCCAGCCCUCGUGCUUCCUUUGGGUACUAUGGCAGCUACAGCUGAACAAUUUCUAACGAUUCUGGCCGCUGAAGGGAACAACAGAUGUUUUCUUCGGGGAGCAAACGCAACCGACUCAUGGUCAUCAAACUAUUUCGCAAUGCACUGGAAACCGAGGAUGCCGUUAGAAUUUUUUAUGUAUCAACGUAUCAUCUUUCUCCUGGCGCUGCUGCGGUUCACAGCCCUUUCGACCGAUUGUCCAGUUCAGUGCAACUGUGUCCCCAAUCGAAUGAGCUGCGAAGUUCGUGGACUGAAGCAACUCCCCGAACCCUACUCAUCACAACUUGAAUCCCUCCUAGUUGAAAACCAGACGUUUGACAGUUCUCAUCUUGGUCCAAGUGAACUCUCCAUGUACCGGACCCCAGAAUUCGGUGGCCAUGUGCGCCUGAAGUCUCUCUACAUACGGUCUUGCAAUAUUCGAACCAUAGGAAGAAAUGCAUUUGAGUCUUUGGGGUCUCGAUUGGAACUGUUAGAUUUGACGGGUAACCCACUAAAGCACAUCGCAGAUUAUGCGUUCACCGGUCUUGGACAGCUGACACUUAUUCUAGACAAACUUGAUCAACCUCCCGCAUUUGACGACCACACUUUUUCUGGUCUAGUUCGAAUGAAAAGCCUCAUCAUGCGACAUUCCAAACUGACAACUUUACCAUAUCAACCACUUUUGCAGUUAACCAGUGAUGGAAAGCUAGGCAAACUUCUGCUCAAGGGCAACCAACUCCGCAGACUGGAUAGUAAAUACGACCGAAUAUUUGCAAAACUUCAAGAUUUUGAGAUCAACGAUAACCCGUGGCAUUGUGAUUGCCAGCUAACAUGGUUGAUCCGUCGCUAUCGUACCAUGCUGCAAAGGCGAUCCAACUCGUACCACACACGGCAACGUCGAUGGGAUGGUCAGUUUUCCAAUAAUUGGGAACUGGAAGAUAAUCAGCCCAAAUGUGCUGACCCUGCUAAUCUGGCAGGCAGAAACUUUAGCGACCUAAUCACUGACCUGAGGGAAGUAUACAUCCCACCAGAUUCAUUGUACAAUGCACCGAAGAUAUUCCACUGUCCACCGCCGCAACUAGAGAGCUUGGAUGUACUCAUCGAGAGCCUUGAUGGAGGAGAAAACGCUACCGCCAGUGGGUCGACUAGAGGCAAAUCCACACCUAGCAAACCUGCAGUAAAGUUAAAGUGCGUUGUUCGAGGGUCUAGACAGAUGCGAGUCUCUUGGCAAUAUCAUCCACCGGGUCCUUUUUCUCCACAACCUAUCGACAAGGACAGCAACUCGGUACGGUCGCAAAAUGCAAUGCUUAACCAAUAUGGGUUGUCAGCGGACGAAAUAACUCGUGCAGAAUCAAAUAUUGUGGUGGAGAGAAUCGCAGAGUCUGAUGCUUACUCUUGCCUUGGUUACGAUGUGAUUGGUAAUGUAUCAACGCUGGUUCGGAUCAAAUGGCCUCUCUUACCAACGUCAACCAUUGCUGCACCAGUCCGCGUGGCCUCGGACCCGCCAGUCAUGAACUACACCAGAGAUCCUGUACCUUCUGACUGGUCCAAGGAAAUUUUAAUACCUUCCGACUCUGUACUGCAUUCACCGCAAUAUAGCUUGAGUCAAUUAAUGGGUGCUAUUAUAGGUACAUUUCUCUCAACAGUUUUGCUUUUCCUGGGGAUACAUUGUGCUUUGCACUGGCGCGCGAAUAUAUGUGGAGCUCGCAAGAGUAGAAAGUCAGAGAUGAACCUCGUUGGGAACGCGAGUGUUUCUCCGGCUGGAACAUCUUCUUCGAAUACGUCCUCUUCUAAUACAAGAUUGAUCUCAUCUCCAAAGCUAAACGAACUAUCCUCAGUGAAUAUACCGUUUCACCUCAACCCAGAUGCAAUGUUGGUUUCGAAGAACUUUUUAAAUGCUCACCUCUUGCAACAAGCAAUGAAUUCGGCAGCUCAUAUGGAUAGCUCUAAUCUUCCAGUUGGAAUCGAAUCCGCUAGCCUGCCAAAUCCACUACAGACCCAGAUGCAUUUUCAGUCCACAAUGGCUCCAGGAACAAACGCAAUUCCUGUUGCGUACGAGCCAGUAGCCUAUUCUGAUAUGAACAAUUUGACUUACGACGUCCCUUGGAUGGUCAACAUGAGCAGAACCAACCCAAUGCAUUUCCAACCCAGUCAAAAUUUGCGCUCGGAACAACAGAUUCCCUUACUGUUCAAUAAUCAGUGUACUAUUUCAAACCAUCAGCAGCCCUUGAUUGACCACAACUCUGGUCUACCUGCAACCCUUCAGAUUCCCCCGCCCCCUUCAAUACCCCAGCCAUCACUGCCCGGGACCCCAAGCACCGCUACGAUGAACAAUGACACACUGAAUCGAACGCCUUCUAGCGGAACCAAUCUGAUGAUUUUACAAGCGGGAUACCCUAAUUCCAACCAUGCACUGCUACACAACGCAACACUGGCUUCGACCAUAUCCUCCUCGCAACAGCAACCAACUUAUUCAUCCUAGUAUCGACCAUGAAUGCGACAGUACAAACCAGCCUAGGGAAACCGGUGCACAACCAAACGAUUGUUUACUUGUUUUCUCUUCCAGUGCGCAUUUUACAAAUAGCAUUUUUCCCUCGGGAGCGGAUCGGCUGCUCCAGUCUCGAACGUCUAAUGAGCUGGCGCCUGAAGCUGUCCAUCAAUAACUGCUGUCGUCGACUUUCAAAUUCACCCCUUGAUAUUUAUCUGGCUGUGCAGUGAGAGAGAUAGAGGCAGGACCGUAUUGUCCAUACUGGUAUAAAGGUUGGUGGAUUAACGAGACAGAAAAAUGGAAAAAUGGAAAAAGCAAUAUCUUGGUUCUCAGUCAAACGGAAUGUGAGGCCUGUGUACAUAACAUCAUCCUAAUAAAUUUUCUUCCUUCUAUCAGAUGUAAAAGAGUUGUGUGCGUCUGUGAAAAAAACUAAGUGAAAUAUUUGUGCUUGUCUGUCAUGUUUUUUAAGUUAUUAAUUUUUCACUUACUGUACGCAAAUAUUUGAAAAAAAAGUCCAGUC